GGAAAAUGGAGCCUAAGAUGAGGGCUACAAAUGUGUUCCUGGACAAGAGGACAGGAACAUUUAUGCAUGAGAGAAAGGGAGCGAUAAUGUGUGUAAUUACAAAUGUACUUCAAUUCUAACAUAAGACAAAGAUCUUUCUCAUUUGAUGAUGAAUAUCCAUUUGGAUAAGCACAUCUGAAGUUAGUGGGAAAAGGUAAAACUAAUAGUUUAAAUUGAUGACAAUUUCUUUGACCAUAUUCAGAAUACGUAACAGAAAACCAAAAUAGGAAGUAAAAGUGUAUAGAAAUAACUAGAAAAUGAAAAUUACUGUGUUCCCUAUUUAAUGGCCUUGCUUAGAAAGCAUGGCAUCAGAGAACCUACCUCAAGGUUCCAUCAGACCCCGUCUCAGCCAGGCCAGCAGCAGCCUCAUCUUCCCCAUGGCCUUUGUGCUCUCUCUACUGAUGGCCCUGGUGCUGGUCAGCUAUGGCCCGGGAGGAUCCCUGGGCUGUGACCUGUCUCAGAACCACGUGCUGGUUGGCAGGAAGAACCUCAGGCUCCUGGGCCAAAUGAGGAGACUCUCCCCUAGCUUCUGUCUGCAGGACAGAAAAGACUUCGCUUUCCCCCAGGAGAUGGUGGAGGGUGGCCAGCUCCAGGAGGCCCAGGCCUUCUCUGUGCUCCACGAGAUGCUCCAGCAGACCUUCAACCUCUUCCACACAGAGCGCGCCUCUGCUGCCUGGGACACCACCCUCCUGGAGCAGCUCCACACUGGACUCCAUCAGCAGCUGGACGACCUGGACGCCUGCCUGGGUCUGUUGACGGGAGAGGAAGAUUUUGCCCUGGGAAGGAUGGGCCCCACACUGGCCAUGAAGAGGUACUUCCAGGGAAUACAUGGCUACCUGCAAGAGAAGGAAUACAGCGACUGCGCCUGGGAAAUCGUCAGACUGGAAAUCAUGAGAUCCUUCUCUUCAUCAACCAGCUUGCAAGAAAGCUUAAGAAUGAUGGAUGGAGACCUGAACUCACCUUGA